UCCUGUAUUGUCUGCGACUGUCUGUCGCCAAACCCGCCCAAGUUCGAAAAAAAGAAACAUGUCGGGGAGAAGAGCACUUUGCAAAGAUUCAAACGUGACAUAUGAAGUCACCGUCAACGAUGGAGUUUAUGCUGACUCAACCAUCAUUAAGGACAUCUCUAAACAAGGGAAGUUCGUAGAAGACGAUGAUAGCGACCCACCGGUUGUCUUUUUCUGCGGUUGCAAGUUGCCUGUCGGUGACUCGUUGUCUUGGGCUGGGAGUGAGGACGAAAAUCAAAUACUCCUGAAACGUGUCAGUGACAAUGUUUUGGUUGGCGAAGAAACUCACUUCUCCGGUACCUGUAAGAAGGAUCUAGGCUGUCUGAAAGUCCACCUGACCUGUCGUGGCUGCAGCUCUCUGCUUGGCAUGGUCUACAUCUCUACACCCAGGAAACUGGACCACAUCAGGUCUCUGUUCUGCCUCAAUGUGACUGCCAUAGAGAGCUAUGUCCUGGGGUCUUCCAGUCAGCAGGUGGCAGCAGUGAGCCCCAAGCAGCAGCCGGUCACUCUGGAGUACAGACAGGCUGUAGAGCGACAACUGGAUGAGAUUAAGGCGGUGACUCUGUCUAUGGGGCAGAGGUUGUUGGUGCUGGAGGGUGACCAGCAGAGUAAAAGUCAGAUGUGAUGAUGCAUCUUGACAGUGAUGGACCACACUACGUCAUGGGGGGGGUGGGUGGUGAGGUCUCUCAUACACACAUCACUAAGUAACUCAACCCCCCCAUGACGCUUCACCCUCUACCCCUCCCUUUGUUAGUUCUGAUGGGGAACAAACAGCCACAACCUGUUUGUUCCACAAGGUUUUAACACCUCUAGCACAAUAAAUGGCGCCCUAUUCCCUAUAUAGUGCACUACUUUAGACCAGAGCCCUAUGGGACCCUAUUCCCUAUAUAGUGCACUACUUUAGACCAG